AUGGAUUUAAAGGAAGAAGACGAAAGUGCGAACGAAAGUGGUAGACAACUAUUUUUAGUGGGUGCACCGCGUGAUCCUCUAGUAUCCGCUGGGGCUAUCGUUGCCUCUGCUGGAGCACCAGACGAGAUCAAUCCCGGAGGAGAUCUACAGUCGACUACUCUAGCUGGUCUGAUAGGCGCUCAAUCUUCCUCGGUUUGCUUUCCUACAAAAUUCUCGUACGACUUUUCACCAAGUCCGGGAAGCGAGGACAGACAAUCAUCUGGAGUUGGUAAAAGAAAGCAACGCAGAUAUCGUACCACGUUCACAAACUUCCAGUUGGAGGAAUUAGAAAGAGCUUUUCAGAAGACACAUUAUCCUGAUGUGUUUUUUAGAGAAGAGCUUGCUCUACGUAUCCAACUGACAGAGGCUAGGGUACAGGUAUGGUUUCAAAAUAGAAGAGCAAAGUGGAGAAAACAAGAGAAACAAUGUAAAGUAACCACUCACUUGACUUCACAUUUACCAACUGAUUGUCAAGAAGUUCAACAACAGCAGCAACAGCAACAACAGUCUGAUCAUUUGUUACUGGAACCACCAUUAGGCAGUCCACCACCUAUAUAUCUUGGCAUGGAAUGGGCAGGUUUUUCACCUUAUAGUAAUGCAGCCACUGCAUCACCUCUUGUGGUUAAUAGCAUGAAUAAGCCACUAGAAUCGGAGACAGAUGACAAUCCUUUGUUGGAUCCAGAACUGUUGCAACUAAAAACUCCACGUUCCUAA